AUGCAUCCACCGUACGUGCCUGCCCCUCCUCCACCGCCAGAACCGCCGAAAGUUCUGCGCGCAAUGCCUCCUCCGAAGAUGACAGCGCGCUGUGGGCACACUAGCGGCCCUCCGAACCCUCCCCUGCUGUCGUUUCCUCGCCGCAGUCUUGUCUCCCCGCCAGCAGGGCGACCGCUGCCUCCCGUUCCCAGGGCGCCGCCAGAUGCACCACCAAAUCAACCGCUUUACGCGGUCGCUAGGCCGCAGCCACCCCCCCCUGCCUCUGCGCCGCCGCAAGGUAGAGCCGGUCUGCUGCCUAUUCCUAAGGGGAAUGGGUUCAAGUGCUCUCGUGGAGGUCCUCCCCCCCCUCCGCCACUUAGCGAACGGGACGAAUGUGAAAGUGAAACGUUCGCCUCAAGGGCUUCGUGCGCCGUAGGCGUCAGAGGGACGCGGCCUCGGGAUUCUCAGCAACCCCCAAGUAGGGCUCUCUACCCUCAAGCUGAGGUGCUCCACUUUGCGAGGCGUCACAGUGCUCAGCAAACUGCCCGUUGCCCCAGUCUCUCACACGGUGGAGACGCAGCCCCUGCGGAGCCGUCUCAUUUGUCCCAUGGAGAGCCUCCGCCAAUUACGCCUCCUCGAGAACUUCAGGACCGCGCCCAAAACGCAGACGGACGGCACCUCCAUCGUCCGCCUGCGGAUUACUCUUGCGACGAUCCGGGUUUUUGUGAGAACGAUAGGAUGGGAGGCCCUCGGAACUUUCCAUUGCCACAGGAGCCAAGAGCGAUGCAUGAUCGAGACCUCCGUCCGCGUAGGGAACACAGUCCUGUGGUACUGGUUCUACAGUCAAGGCCCGGGGACCGCGGGGAUAGCAGAGAGUGGCAGGCUGGAUGGGCCGAGCAGCGGCAAUACGAGACAAACGAGGACUUCGAGCCUGCUGCUUCUCGUGGCUCGAUCACGGAAGGCCGCGAGGCCUCUAGUCGGCGCAGUCGAAUGGAGGAUCGGCCAACUGCGUCUGACUUAUCGCCUCGCGAAUGCACGCCGAUAGAUUUACACCGGAGUACAGCGGGAGGUACGUCUUCUUUGGACCCUCAGAUCCCCCGCUGGCAGCCCUGUGAACUGCGUGGACGAUCAUAUUCACCACACGCACAAUCUCGAUCUGGAGAUCCCACAGUGUAUCCCGUAUACCGCAACGUGCCUAAGGAUAAGACGGCGCUUCCGUCUCUCUCCAGCGAGUCUGCCUACGAGUGGCCACGGUUAAGGGAGCCCCCACUUCAAUGCACACGCAGAUCUCAUAGCCUUUCUCCCCCAACCGGAUACAUGCCGUCACAUCACGGGGCAAGCCUUUCGAGGGAACUCAGCGAGUCGCUGGCUGCGUCAGAGUGUCAACUGCCACGGCAAUACGCCGAUUCGUUAUGUGCAUCUCGUGGCCUUGGCAAAGACCCGCGAGACCACUGUCCACGCUCUGCUUCCCCAACGCGUGCCUUGUGGCGGAUUUCGCCACCUGCCGUGCGGCGGCCUGACAACAGAAGACCCUGCCGCGUGGGCUCGCUGAGCCGUUCCGCACAUGACAUCGUUCGGAAGGGACGGGGCAUCUCUCCGGAGCCUUCGAUAUCCCGCGGAAGGGAAUUUCACUGGACAAAAUACCGGAGAUUUAGCGAUAGCUCAGUUGGAAGCGUGCGGACGCCGUCGUCGCGCUUCCGUGCAAAUGUGUCCCCGUCUCAGAAGAGUGACGCUGCAAGCGUCUGGCGUGAACGUUCGUUUUCGCAGUCGCUCUCUCGUCGUUCUCCAUCCCGAUCUCCUAGGCGUUUGCCUGUCCCUAUCAUCCUCUCAGCUCCAACUGCUUCGUCGCGGUGUCCUUCGCGCCUGCGCUCCCCGCGCUGUGUCCGCAACGCCGCAACCAACUGGAGAAGCUUGCAGAGCAGCGACAGUCCUUCUCGCGUCUCUCGGGAAGUGUCUCGUCGAUUCGAAGUCGCAGACACCCCACGGCCGUCCACAGGCCAGUCCUCUCCGCGUCACUGUGGGUUUCCGUGGCAUCCCCCGAGUCAACUAACGCCUUCGCCGUGUUCGGCAGCCCUCUCGCGUCUGCCGCCAUCGCCUAUAACGCCAUUCGGGGUCACGGGCCCUCAGCGGCCUCACGGAGGAGAGCCGUCCUUGCCUAUAGAACGGAGGUCUCCACAAAACGCCGACAGUUUGGUCGACCGAGGACACGGCAGCGACGGACGAGCGGACGCCCAGAAGCGGAUACGCGGCGAUCCGCGGUACGACGCCGCGCCUCUGCAGCCUGCGGCGCCUCCCGUUGUCCUCACGGUUGGUGGAGGCAGUCAGCGAGGCGGGCUGCAAGACACCGGCGGAACAGAGUCUCGACCUGCAACAGACAGGCAGCGGCGACGCAAGCAGCGUCAGCAGCAACGCCGACAGAGAGCACGAAGGCGGCAGCAGAACCAGGAGUCGUUCACCGGAGGGACGAUGAGGGAAAGCUCAAGAGACAGCCAAAGCGUCUGCGAACCGGUUGACGAGCAGGACCGGUCUUCAAGAGGGAACCAAACGGUAGCGACAACGGCGUCGCCCCCCCUCCUGGUACACCGGGUCAGUAACCUGAGUGACUAUACCGACAGUGACCAAGAGACAGAGAGAGCCCCAGGCGAAGAUCGAGGACACGAUGAUCCUUGGGCUGCAUCGCUCGAAGACAUCGAGCAGCAUUUGAAGAAGCGGAGAACGGAUUUUGGUGUCGGGGAGAACUUCGCACAUUUUCGGGGUGGUAGCCACCCUGCGGACACGGCAGCCGAGUUCCCAGCUGGUUGCCAGGUGCCGUCAAACUGCGACGAACUGUUUCUACCUCCUUGGCGAGAGCGACCGACGGGCUCGACGGGGCGAGUUGUUUAUCAGUUUGAGCUUUUGCAACAGGCGCAUCUGGCGCCUCCGUGGCACCGGCCUGCAGCGGGGGUCUCUUCGUCUCCCGGGACACCCGUCGCGCGUCCCAACUUGUCGUCUCAGGCGAGCUCUCCUAGGCAGACUCAAAGGCCGCUUUCCUUCGUCGUAGGGCGGCCGGACGGUUCUGCAGGAAGAGGGAGGGAGUGUCGACUCGAUGUGAAAAUGGUCUCAAAUGGAGAGAGCGAAUCAAACCUGCCGAGAGAGUCCUCGGCAUUCUCGCUGUAUAGUCCGCCAGCUUCAUCCACUGGAGGAGAGCGUUUUCGAGCCGAGGAUAUCUACGAGAGCGCCCCGCCUUCGCGAGGCCCGGGGAGUAGCUGCUCAAGCAAUUCGAGCCGACGGACAAGUAUGAGCACAAGUCACGACCAAGACCAAUGGAGAAGAGAGCACACUCGUGGCAGCGAGAAAUCCGACACAUGGUUCUGGGCGAAUGAGAGAGGCCAGCGUUAUCUGCUGACACCAUCCACUCGUGCGCCUACGGAGGGGGAAGGUGGCAACCCGGACUCGCGUUUCCACCUGGGGCUAAACGUUGGAGAGAGUGGAGAGCGAAAGGAGGAGUCUUUUAGAAGGGAUAGUGAUCCACUUCGAUCAACGAGAUGUUGUGAUGCCGCGCAAGGGUGCUGGUGGAGCGAAUGGGCAACGCAGCCGAAAACACGGGAAAACAGGGUGCACGAAAAAGAUGGCCGUAAUAUGUUGCUGCCCCCUGUACAGUGGUGCUAA